GAACUUUGCUAACUUUUGCUUCUUCCUUUGCUAUACACCAACUCCCACUAAAACAAGUGUUUUGGUUUUGUACCAUACUGAAAAUUCACUGUUUUUUAAACUUUCAAUCCCAUCUUGUACAUCAACAUCAUUUGCUGCUGUGCUUUGAUUGCUAGUUUCUUUCUUUGAGCUCUUGCUGGUUUAAUGGCAGUCUUUUUCUCAUUGUAGUUGCCCUGAACUACAAGGUUCUGUUCUGUGAGAAAUUUAGGUGGGAAACCCUAAAAUGAGGUUCUUUGAUCUUUGGCCUUUGAGUUUAUAGGGCAAAGUUUGGAUCUUUACUUGUGUUUGUCUUCAGGGAGGGAAUGGUGGGGGUUGGGGUUGAGGUUGGAUUCAGGAGGCUCUGCAGUACAAGCAUGGGGACAAGCUGUGAGACUUUGCUUAGAGAGCUUCAGUGUAUAUGGACCGAGAUUGGUGAGAGUGACGAAGACCAAGACAGUAUGUUGUUGGAGAUUGAGCGAGAGUGCAUGAACGUGUACCGAAGGAAGGUCGAUGAAGCUAGCAAUGCAAAGGCACAACUCCACCGGACGGUGGCCGCCAAGGAAGCGGAACUCGCCACUCUUAUGGCCUCCCUUGGAGAUCACACCUUAUACUCUCAGAUAGAGAAAAAGGGGUCAUCGUUGAAGGAGCAAUUGGCAUCGGUUACGCCUAUUUUAGAAGAUAUGAGAGUAAAGAAAGAGGAAAGGAUCAAAGAAUUUGCUGAUAUCCGAGCACAAAUUAAAAAGAUCACUGCAGAGAUCACAGGAUGCGCCAAUCAAAACAAUGUCUCUUUCAUUCACACAGAUGAUCAAGAUCUAUCAUUGAGAAAGCUUAAUGAGUAUCAAGCACAACUUAGAAUUCUCCAAAAGGAUAAGUCUGAUCGCCUUCAGAAGGUCUUGGAGUACAUCAACGAAGUGCAUUCGUUAUGUAGUGUGCUUGGACUGGAUUUUGCAAAGACCGUGGGCGAAGUUCAUCCUAGCUUGCAUGAGACCGAUUCGAUUCAGUCCACAAACAUCAGUAACAACACACUAGAUGGUUUAUCUCUAAUCAUCACAAAGUUAAAAACUGAGAAGAAACUUCGUGUUCAGAAGUUGCAAGGAACUGUAGAAUCUCUGCUUGAGUUAUGGAAAUUGAUGGAUUCUACCGAAGAAGAAAGGAGACGGUUUGAAAAAGUUCUGUGCAUUCUCAGAAUGAAGGAUGAAGACAUUACAUAUUCUGGUUUACUCUCAUUGGACACUAUCAAGCAGACAGAAGCUGAAGUAGAGAGAUUGACGAAACUAAAAGCCAGCAGAAUGAAAGAACUUGUCUUCAAGAGAAGGUCUGAAUUGGAAGAAAUAUGCAAAAGGUCACAUAUUGAACCCGACACGAGCACUGCACCAGAGAAAACUAAUGCAAUGAUAGAUUCCGGUCUUGUAGAUUCCUCUGAACUUUUGGCAAACAUUGAGGCGCAAAUAGAAAAAGCAAAAGAAGAAUGUAUAAGCAGAAAGGAAAUUAUGGACAGGAUUAACAAAUGGCUUAUGGCUUGCGAAGAAGAAAGUUGGCUUGAGGACUACAACCAGGAUCAAAACAGGUACAGUGGUGGAAGAGGUGUACACCUGAACUUGAAACGCGCCGAGAAAGCACGGGUGAUGAUCAUGAAGAUUCCAGCUAUGGUAGACAAUCUCAUCGGUAAAACAUUUGCCUGGGAGGAUGAAAGAAACAUGCCGUUCUUGUAUGAUGGGGUUCGAUUAGUGUCCAUUUUGGAAGAGUACAAACUUACUAGACAGCAAAAAGAAGAGGAGAAAAAGCGAUAUCGAGAUCAGAAGAAGUUGCAAAAUCUACUCCUUGCUGAGAAAGAAGCAAUGUAUGGAUCGAAAGCUAGCCCCAGAAGGAGCAACAGUUUCAAUAGAAAGCCAAGUUACAAUGGAAAUGGGAAUGGUUUUAUGACUCCUGCACCUAGACGUCUUUCCGCAGGUGGUGCUACCCCUGAACUUCUGACACCCCGAUCAUAUUCCGGUCGACAAAAUGCAUUCUCAAAGGAGAUAAGGCGAUUCUCAACUGCGCCACUGAACUUUGUUGCUUUACCGAAAGAAGAUAACAUGUCGUCUUUUGCUUCUGUCAGCGGUUCAGAACCAGAGUCUCCUUUCAGCUAAAUCAAUCAUUAACUGGAGAACUACCUCAACAAAGUACAGAAUUGUAGGUUGUGAGAGUGGAUGUACACUAGUAUUUGAUCGCGUUCGUUUUCUUAGAGCUUGAAUCAAUGAGUCCAUAGUAUGGAUAUGUAGAUGUAUAGGAACUAACCUGAAGGUAUUGCAGGAUUCUAUUCAGUUAGAUAUAUAUGAUACUUUUACCGAUAAACACCGUGGCGAAACUUCUUUUUUGUUCUUGUACAAAAUGUUUGCUUGAUAUCACCAAUGCGUGUUUUUAAAAAUACAUUGCUAAGCAAAUUUGUACUGUUUGCUUCAAAUGUAAAAUUGUCAAGAAGCACCAAUUUCAGGACUA